AUGGAGAUGCUCUGCCGUGACCGAUACGGCUCGUUCCCGCUAUCCGUGUUCAAGGUGUGGUCAUGUACGAUGUGCUACUCUUACCUGUUCCGGGACAGUAUGGAGCUGAGGGCCGACAUGCCCAAGCCGCAGCUCGUGGCGAUAAACGGUUCCCGGUACCCCCCGGGGACGGUCUUCUACCCCGAUAUCCAGAACACGACCAUCGCCCGUGCGGUCUGUAAUUCACUGGACGAUUUCAACUGCGGCAGAUGGACGUCGUGUUGCCGGAGGGCCGUCGAAUGCUGUGAGGAACAGAACCACGAUCCACCCCCCUCUUUCGAGGAAGACGAGUACUGCCCUAGGACGUGGGAUGGCUUCGGUUGUUUUAAGGAUACGCGGAGAAGCGGAGUAGCCGUUAUCAAUUGUCCCACUUACAUCGAACACAGCAACCCGGCAGCAGAUGCCACGAAGAUCUGUACAGAAAACGCCACGUGGUUCCGAGACCCCGCCAGCAAACAGGAAUGGACGGACUACACGAAUUGUGUCCUCAUGCAGAAUUUCAUGACGCUGUACAAGGUGGGCGUGGCUUGUAACGCCAUCAGUCUGAUACUACUACUUCCGUCAUGCGUCAUAUUUAUGGCGUUCAGACAGCUGCGGGUACAACAUCGCAUACAGCUGCACACGUGUCUGUUCGCGUCGUUCAUCUUCACGAACGGCGUGAUGAUCUGCUGGGACUCCCUCGUCUACAAGGAUAGGCUGGAGAAACCCCUUGAGGAAUCCGUCAUGCACAUUAACACGGUUGGCUGUCGGAUCCUGUACACCGCGUCACGGUACGCGUGGACUUGCAACUUCGUGUGGAUGUUCCUGGAGGCGUUCCAUCUGUACCGCCUCAUAGUGCACGCCUUUAAAGUGCCCAAGUCUCUGAAGCUUUACUUCAUUGGAGGAUGGGUGUCGCCUCUGAUCCCAGUGGUCAGUUACGCCAUUAUCCGCGGAGUUCGGAAAGACGGAAGUUGCUGGGUCCACCACGCGGGAGGAUUCGAGUGGCUCAUCUACACACCCAAUCUACUCUGUAUUAUGGCGAAUUUUUUCUUCCUGGGAAGUAUAUUGUGGAUUCUACUCACUCAGUUACAGUCGCACCCCAACGAACCCAGCAGUUACAGGCGAGCUUUAAAGGCGACCUUCAUCUUGGUGCCGCUGUUUGGUAUACAACUAGUUCUCGUCAUCUACCGACCUCCACAGGACUGGACCGGAAGUUUCGGCUAUGAGAUUUUGGUGAAGGUUGUCUCCAAUACACAGGGGGCCAUAGUCGCGCUUAUCUUCUGCUUCCUGAACGGAGAGGUACAUUCCAACAUAGGCGGCGUCAUUCCAAUGACGAUGAAGCGAGGUCCCCUGCGCGCCGACAUCGUGGCCAGCAACUCCAUGUCGACGCAGUGCACGACGGACGUCGCUCGGACACACCAGGUGCGCAACGGCGGCGGCUCGCUGACCGACAACAAAGCCAACUACAUCGCGCUCAGCACCAUCGACAAAGAUACGCCGAAUGGGAUGUACAACAGAAAAUAGCGAUCUGGUGUUAACAUACUCAUGGCGAUGUCAUCCGCUGAUACCGUGUUCUUAACAAUGUCAUCACAGUCAGCACCAAGGGCAAAUAUGCGCCAAGUGGACUAACAAACAGGAAAUAGCGAUCUGGUGUUGAAAUACCUAUAGCUAUAUCGUCCGUCUGCUACGUUGUUCUUAACAGUGUUAUCUCAAAGAUACGACAAGAGGACCAAACGAGGAGCAGCGUACUGGCCAUAGCAACGUCAAUCGUAUCUUCUGGCUUAAGCUACCUGUUUUCACCAAAGGUGUCAGUAGGCCUGAGUUCAGCCAAAAGGAAUUACACAGCUCUGGUCAGACUAAUUUUUUAAAUGCGAUUCUUCUCCUUACACCGAAUGAUCAUAUCAGGAAUCAAUGAAAUCGGUCAAGAAAGUUAGAUUUACUAGAUUUCAUUGAACGCAGAGGCCCAAGUCACUCACUCUUGCAACUUUGCACUAUCGCAGUGCAAUGUAGAAAGCAUUCGAAGACGAUCCAAUGUUGCUUAAAUAAAACUAUGAGAGCUUUGUAAAUCAGGCCUCUGAUCUAAGCUAGCAGUGACUCUAACAGGAUCAUAACAGUUAGGUUGGCUUAAGCUACCUAAAUGCUCCACGUGUAUCAGCUGACACAAGAUUCUUGGACUCAUAGCGAUGUCAUCAUCAGCUGGUUUAACCUACCUCAUCCAUAGCAGCGUCACCCAUAUCCAACUCACUACUUCACCCUCAAGACCGACAUCAGUAUUUGUUGCCUGGUUCCUAACAACGUCACCCUCUUCAAACGGUUUAAUCUUCCUAACCACACACAUGACUAUUUGUAACUGUUGUUUACCAGCAUCGGUAUCUAUAGGGGCAAUUUCUAGCUUAGUCGGUAGAUCGCCCUCGGUGGUCAGUGAAAGCAAGCAGCCACAAUAAAACAUGGACAUUUCCAUCAAACUUUACCAAACCGUAUCUUGACAUCAGUAACUAUAUGUUAACAGUUGGACAUUAUACCAAUUUACCAAAACGUAUCGUAAAAUUAGUAAUUUCUUGCGUAUCAGUUAUAUUUUAGCAUUAUUCAAAUAUUUAAUUUUUGGAUACGACUGCUCAAUCUACCAUGACUCAAUAAUUGUCCUCACACGCCAUUAUAUACUAACCAUUAAAAUAUAUUUAUUCGUGGUCAGUAUUGUCCAUAUGAAUAUAACAUAUCAAUAUUGAAUCUCAUAUAAAAAAGAAACAAAAGCUCCAAAACACCACCACCCACCCACCCACACUAUAGUACCCCCUCAAAAAAAUAAAAAAUAAAAAAUAAAAAAAUAAAAGAAGAAAAAAGAAGAAGAAAGAAACAAGAAAAAAGAGAGCAGAAAACCCCAACAACGCCAAACGACUAUUCAAAUAAGCUAACACAAUAUAAAAACAACAGAAUCCCAACAAAACAUCGACCAAACCACCAACUGUUCACAUAAACCUUGAAGUGCUUAACGCCGUCUCAUUAUACGUGAUACUACACAUAUGUGCUUUUGAUGUGAAGCCAGGGACAACCGACGUCAUUGCAAAGCAGGUUUCAUACGAUGACUACAACGCAGUUGUCUUGUUCGUCAGAUCGUAAAUACACACAAUAAUAUAUAUUUAUAUUACGAUUUCUAUUUACACGGAAUCUGUAAACGUUGAUAUUUAACUAUUUAUCGACAUGCUCGGAGACAAGACGUACUAAUAGCUCCACGACGCCAUGGUAAUCGUAGUCAUCCGAACCACCACGGUUACCAUCAUCUUGUCCAAACUGUCGUGUAUACACUGUUAACGUCUAACUCGUAAUUACCAGUGCGAUGUAAAUAUACGAUUGUUGUCGGGUGAAAAUCCUAAUGGCGUUAAAUGUAGGGUUGCUUUUUUUUUUCUCCAAAAAGCGAGAAAGAAUACCACAGUAACCGUUCCAGAAAGAAUCACGAGGUAGAAGGGGUGGGGUGAGGGUAUGGAACAGGGCCCAAUUUCACAAAACAUCGUAAGCCUAGUUUUGCACGUAAACGUAAAUCUACGACUAAAACACAGUUCUUAUUA